AUGGCGGGAGGAUUGUGUUACAGUUGCACUGCAAGUGUACGACUUCCUAUGCUCUUGCAGUCCAAGACAUUCCGUGGCACCCGAUGCUCCUCAGCCGCACCGGAUAACAACAGAAAUAACAACAAUCACAAGAGAGACACCCCACAGGUUUUGAAAAUCGCUGUGAGCGGCGUCACUGAGCUUCUCAGGCUUCUCUCUUCCUUCAGCAAAACAACCAGACUGAAUGGAGUGAGUGAUAAAGGGACAGAUGAGUUUUCAGUUUCUGGCAUCGAUGAAGUUUUAAUGAUUCUCAAAUCUGAUUACGAGAAUGCGUAUUUUGUUACAGGGAUUUUCACUUCUGCAAUCUACGCUGAAGAUUGUAUCUUUGAAGAUCCAACUAUCAGAUUUCGAGGUAAGGAGUUGUAUUCUCGCAACUUGAAAUUGCUUGUUCCUUUCUUUGAAUCUCCAUCAAUUGGAUUAGAAAAGAUCGAGAAGGGUAUCAAUUCUGAAGCAAGUUUUGUGCUAGCAACAUGGAAACUCAGGACCUACCUGAAACUUCCGUGGAGGCCUCUCAUUAGCAUUGAUGGAAGCACGGUCUAUGACUUAGAUGAUAAGUUUAAAAUUGUAAGGCAUGCUGAGUGUUGGAAUGUCUCUGCAAUUGAGGCAAUUGGCCAGCUGUUCACGCCUAGUUAUGGAAGGUCCAAUGACUGA